AUGUCCGAUCAGAACAAGCCAGACUCCUCGGAAAACGAUGCGUUUAAUUCUGGAAAACAUUGCGCCAAAGCCGACUGCCACACGCUGGACUUCCUACCCCUCGUCUGCCCCCACUGUCAUCUCGCCUUUUGCAAAGAACACGCCCACGUCUUUCACCAUGACUGUUCGCUCCCUGAAGUCUUAUUGCGCUCGACACCCCGAGAGCAAGGAAGCACCUCGACUGGCUCGAAUGGCGAUCCUGUGCGUGCUCUCGUAAACGACCACACGCCCCUACCCGCCCCAACCGUUAAAGAGGACCGGAACCCGAAGGCCAAAGAAAUCCUGGCCGCUCGAUUCCCCCUCACAUCACAGAGGGAGCGUCAACCUACUCGGCCAGCCAAGGAGCUUAGUCCAGCUUUGAAAUUGAUCUUGUUGAAACGGCAAGCUGUCAGUGGCAAUCCUCAGAAAAAGGAUAGUGCUGUUCCACUUGAUUGUCGAUGGUAUGGUCGUCUGGGCUGUGCUGUGGCUACUGGUGAUUCACAGCACUUGUCAUGGGACGAGCAACGUACGUUAGCCUCCGAGCCAAAAGCGAUUUGGUUUGACAAGAAAACGGUUGUUGGAAAGGUAUUCGACCUAGUCAUCACCACGUUCAAGCAUGACCUCCUGUCGCAUUCUCACAGCUGUUCUACGUCAGACUUGCAAUUGUUCACGAUACGCUCAGGAAACCAACUACAUACCAUUACUGAUCAGUGCUCAGCAUCCUGGGGCGACGUCGUUGAAGACGGCGAAGAAGUCUGGCUGACUGGUCGGAACAUCAAACUACCAUGA